AUGACUGAACCAUUGAGUCAUCCGUCAUGGUUUACUACAAAGAAAAUUAACUCAUAUUUAUACUUGACUACUGAAGAUCAUUUCUUUCAAGGCAAUCGAUCAAAUAUUUGGCUCCUACGCGGCACCGCACGUGAUCUAAUAAUUGAUUGUGGCUUAGGUGUUUGUAAUUUGAAGAAACAUUUGGAAAAUCUUCAUUUACUCGAUCAAGAUCGUGAGUGUAUUGUUCUAUGUACACAUACUCAUUUUGAUCACUGUGGUGGAGCACAACAUUUCGAGAAUGAAAGUAAAAUUUGGAUUCAUCAAGAUGAUUAUAAUGGUCUACGAAAUGGUCGACAAGUAGAAACAUUGAACUAUGUACAAUCAACGUAUUUUUUUCAACAACCUUAUCAAGGCUUUUCUUCACGUCAAUAUCGGGUGCCGGCAACAAAAUGUGAUCCCAUUAUGGAUGGACAUCGAAUUGAUUUAGGUGGUGGGGACGAAGUUAUAGUACUGCAUAUGCCUGGUCAUACGCGAGGAAGUAUCGUGUGUUAUUAUCCGAAAGAGAAAGCAUUAUUUACCGGAGACUUUAUCUAUGAAUGUGGUCAUGGGAGUUAUCUACUUGAUUGGCUACCAACUUCAUCUGUUCAAGAUUAUCUUCGAAGUGCAAAUCGAAUGUGA